GUCUCACGCGGCAGUGGCAUGCACCGGGGGAGAAUCCGAGCGGGCAGGUUUAUAGUCGACCUAUUUCUGUCCAAUCAGCGCUCGUCGUGGGCGGAGCCUCGAGCCGUGGGCAGCCAAUCAGAGACCCAGAGAGCUGUGCGAGAGGACAGGCAGCGUUCUCUCUCUCGCGUGCCUCGUACACGUGAGCUGGAACAGCUAUUGUACGCCGCGAGGCAACGUGCUGAAGCGUUCUCUCCUCUGCUCUCGCGCCUGAAAAAAAACAGCACGGUCACGUUUUCUGUGGAUUACAACAAGGGAACUGGAAAAGCCACGCUGCACUAACUAUACCUGCUCAUUACACACAGACAUGCUUUAAUAGAAACGUGCAAAGGUUCAACCUGAGCAUGAAGACAACACAUUAUUAAGGUUAAAGGUGCAACUUUGUGUCAACAUAUAUAAACACAAAUGCAUAUAUUGCUGCAGAAUAACACUAAUGCAUAUAUAUAUAUAUAAAUAAAUAUAUUGCUGCAGCAUAAACAACCCCAGUUAAAGUCCCCAUGUUUUUGGACCCCUCAGACAAAACAAACAGCCUGCUGUCCUCGAGGUGUGGCACGAGGGUAGGUGUGUCUAACAUAAAUAAUAAGCAGGAAUUGAGAGAUCUGCUUAAAGGCGCACCCCGCCCCUUAUCCUCUCCUCCUCACGCCUCACUCGCUUGUUCAUGCACGGUGUGACGUCACGUGAACUGCCCGUGUCCGUUCCAGCUGAGAGAGAAAGAGAGAGAGAGAUCUGGACGUCGCGCGGCCCCAAACACAGAGCUCGUGCGCCCGUGACUUGGAUCCACCGGAUGCAAAAAAAAGUACAGACUAGAGAAAGAGGAAACGACCUCCUCCUCCUCCUCCUCCUCCUCCUCCUCCUCCUCCCGACGGACAGCAGAGCGCGACAGCACAGAGAGAGAAACAACCAAUACAACUUGUCAUCUGACCAACACAGUCACUGCUCUCUCUCGAGUGUGUUUUUCUUUUGCACGGUUUCAUCUCUUUUGUUUUUUAACGGAGGUCUUGCUGCUGCUUUGCAACUAUAUUGUCGGACUCAGGAUAUAUUAUUCUGCAAGUUUUUGUGACAUUUUUCCAUCGUCCUUUUGCUGUGUGACGCCUUUUGCAUUUUAUUAUUAUUGUUAUCAUCAGAUGGUCUGAGUGUUGCCUCCUACACAGCCAGCUCUUUGAGAUAACAACAGCUUCUUUUUUUAAACAACAUUCAACUGCAAUGGAGUAUUUCGAUGUGAAUAUUUCUGCAAGGCAAUAAGAAGGAGCUCUCUCUGCACACAACCCUCCAGUGAAAGUCAUCCACGUCCUAUUGGUAGGCUCUCUCCGGUCAGAUUGCCACGCCCCUUCCAGUGCCCCCCCCCCAACAUCCCUCUCUAUAGGCCUGUUUUUCUACGACCCCAUCUGGCCCAGGAUGUCCAGGCAGCUCUCCCAGCUUCCUAACCCCGACCUCCCAGCUGGUGCAAGCCCACAGUUUGGAAGUUGUACCCAGCCUGCAGGCUCCCUCACAGGGGGUCAUCUCAACUCUAUGGCGGGUCUCAAGUCCCUCCUGCAGCACCCCAUGAAGGUAGACCAGCGUCUAAAAGCCCCAUGUGACGUAAAAGACAAAGAGAGGCCGGACGUUGAUGAGGACUCCCAGGGAGUGUGUCCCAUGAGGAAUGGCGGUGGAGUAGGCAACACUAAUGGCUGUGGAGCAGGAAGUGGUGGUGGUGGUGGUACAGGUACAGGAACAGGAACAGGAACAGGAACUUUCAACCAGUUCUUGGGGCCCCUGUUGUGGGAUCGCACCCUACCUGCGGACGGGGGGCUCUUCCAGCUUCAGUACAUGGACUUGGAGGAGUUUUUGACCGAAAACGGGAUGGGCAGCAUGCACAACCAGAACAGCUCCAGUUCGGCCCAGAUCCCCUCGCAGAGCUCCCAGUCAGCCGUGCCCAACCAGAGCUCCCAGUGCCUACCACCCUCAUCCCCACAUGACUCGUCUGCAUGUUCAUCGCCUUCAUCCUCCCCAUCGCUCAUUGGUCUGGAGGUGGCUCAGCCGCAGAGUCUCGGAGGAGGAAAUGACUGUUUGCAUGGGAGUCAGUCGAGUAUGAACGACUCCUGUGAAUCGCCCUCCUCUUCCUCCUCGUCCUCCUGUCCACCUCUGAUGACGCCCACGGACAGCGGGCCGGAUGGCGGCGGGAUGUUUGACAUGGAUUCCUCAGACAUGGAUAUGUCUAACCAGCCGAACUUCGACCCCAGGAGGCACUCCUUCAGCGAAGAGGAGCUCAAACCGCAGCCGAUGAUCAAGAAAGCUCGCAAGAUCCUGGUGCCCGAUGGCAUGAAGGAUGAAAAGUACUGGACCAGGCGGUAUAAAAACAAUGAAGCAGCAAAGCGUUCUCGAGAUGCUCGCCGUCUCAAGGAGAACCAAAUAUCUGUGCGCGCCGCCUACCUGGAGAGAGAAAACGCCGCCCUCCGACAGGAAGUGGCCGAGAUCCGAAAGGAGCUUGGUCGCUGUCGUAACAUCCUUAGUAAAUACGAGAACCGCCUCGCUGACCAGUGAUGAAGGCGUGGAUCAGAAUCAGGAAGUGGAGGAAUAUAAGCUGGAUUAAAUUUUUAAGACUCUGAAUUCUUGCAGUGGCACGAUGGACAGAAUGGGGUCAAGAAAAAUGAUGAUGAUGAUUAUGAUGAUGAUGAAUGUAAAAGACAAGGGGAAGGUUUGUGUAUUGAAGCUCAGGUGUCUUGUUUUGUUGAGGUGUCUCUCAAAAAGCUCUUAAAAGUGAAAGACGGAGAGAAUAAUUUAACAGAUGAGAAGAUGUGACUUUUAAGAGUUUUGUUAUUGGAGAAUUGUAUAUUUUUAUAAUACUUAAGAAAAAUUAGAGGGAGAGCAAAUUUGGAGAAUAAUUUUGUAUAUUUUCUACAUAGAGACGGGGGGAAAGCUAUGGUAAAUAUCUUUUUAUUAUAGACGAGUCAGGAGAUGUUUAACAGGUGGUCAGCCAUCGAUGGGUAUUUUUCGACUUAUAGUCAGGAUGCAGCAGCGGGGGCGAGGACGCGUGUAACAAUUGUAAUAUAGAGAGCAAAAAUUAUCUUAUAAUCGUAUAGUUCAACAUUUUUGUGGAUUUUAAUCAAGCACUUAAUUUUCUUCCUGUUAUGUUUCUGUCACUGGGAAUGGGCAUGCUAGAGAGAGAUACAAGAGGAGACACCAUGUAAACAGUCCAGCACUAUCUUCAGCACUUGUCUUGUGCGCUUGUUUUUAAUAGAACAACUUCUUCCUUUUUUUAAUUAAUUCCCCAACAAUAUUAGUUUGUUUGUACUUUGAGUUUAUGCGAUUGGUACAUCUUUCCCUAGUCCAUACCUUUUAAUCUUUAAUCUCUAUCCCAGUUGAGUGCUUUUAAUCUACUCUGGUGUCUCGUCGUAUCUCACCUAAGCCUGUCGUGAUGCCCCGGGUCGGGUAACUCUGCUCCCUCUUGAUCCUCUCUUUUGAAUUGUCGGGACAUUUCUCUUCCUCUGUUUCUAUAUCCAUCCGCUCUAUUUCUGUCCGCUCUCACUUAACAGCCAAUCCCCUCACAGUUAUGUGCAAACUCUUCCCAUAACACUCUGUACCCGCAUCUCUCUCGUACCUCGGCGGUACACAGAAAUCUCAGUGUUGUAACGUAUUCUAAAAAACGUAAUCAAUCUUCCCUGUAAAACGCACAUCGUUACUUUACUGUACUUUAUGAACACAUUUUAAUUAGCAUUAUUACGGGGGGGAGAAAUGUUGUAUAUUGGAUACUAUUUUGUGUAUUUGAUGUAUUCCAGGAGAUGGGUUGAAUACCCCCGUUGAGUGGAAUGGUGUUAAUUUCUCAGAUUUCUGGGAGAAAUAAAAGCCAAAAUAUCCUACGUUGAUCCACAAAGCUUGUUGCUAUUUAGUGCUUUUUUCUUCCUUACUGUUUACUCCUGUUAUUACUCUUUACUUUUUACUGUAUCUAUAAGCUUCUCUGUGUACCCACAACACCUACACACGGGGCAUGGUACACUAUGUUAUUAUGUUCCUGGGGGAGGGAUGACUAGUAAUAGAGUGUGAUUUUAAUCCCCUUAAUGACCAUGAUGAAUAGUUACCAUUACUGCUAUUAUUAUUGUUAUUAUGAUUAUGAUGAUUAUCCCUCUUGUUGUUGCUGUUCUAUAUUAUUGAAUGAUUUUCUUUCUUUGGACGAACAUUAUCUGUUGCACCUUGAAACAUCUUUGAUCUUCAGUGUUCCUCAGAAAGACUAUUCAAAUGGAAAAAACAACCCUCACUCUGCUAUUUGCAUCCUGUCUCAGACCUCCAGACGUUACUCACUUCUACUACGGACACUACCGCCACCUUGGUUUCUUUGGAUUUCACAAGCGUGGCUCAAUAACUUGAACAUGAUAUUCAUGCAGACUUAAUUUACCGUUUUGUGACGACCUCCUCUGUUUCCCAGCGGUGUACGGACUAUGCACACUAUCAGUAUGCUCCUUGUUGGUUUAUUUCAGCCUCUAUCACCUCAAUCAGUGAUUGUUUGCUCUCCCAACAGGAUUUAGUCUCUAAUAUCCUCACAGAUGUGGUUGAUGAAAUCUUUUAGUGACUCUCAAUUGAACUACAAUUUCCCUGCUGCAUCAGUGGUGUCCAGCCGACUCUGUUUGGUGCUGGUUAUUUGGAUGUAGUCGAGAUUUUUCCAACAACACCAAUAAAAGAUUGUUCUCAUUCACUA